GACAUCUGUGAGGACCCCCGCCUCUUUGUGGAUGGUAUCAGCUCCCAUGACCUGCACCAGGGCCAGGUGGGCAACUGCUGGUUUGUGGCUGCAUGCUCGUCACUCGCCUCUCGAGAGUCGCUCUGGCAAAAGCAAUAUGGAGCACUCCUUCCAUCACAAACAAGCCAGCUUCCAGCCCUGCCACCACUACUGUAGUCAAGGUGGUUGCCACAGCAGUUGACAUCAGUGCUCUCGUCCCCGAGGAGCCUGUCACCCUCCUGCCUGCCUACAGCACCUGCAUCCCUACUUCUGCCAGGAUCAGAGAGGAGGCAGUUGGGCACACACACCCCUCAUGUAGACCCCAUUCUGAGAACUGGGUGGAGCCGAGAAGAGCCAGUGGCAGCAAGGGGAGGACACCAGGGGAGGUUGAAGGGGAGGAGGGCCUUCUGGUGGCCUUGUCUUCUGCCAUCUGAGGCUCUACACAUUUGGCUCCUUGACGUUGGUGGAGAGGAGGCGGUGGCAACAGCUGUAGCACUUGGGCCAUGGCAGAGGAUGGGCCACAGCAACAGCAGCUGGACAUGCCGUUGGUCCUGGACCAGGACCUGACUAAGCAGAUGCGGCUUCGUGUGGAGAGCCUAAAACAGCGAGGGGAGAAGCGGCAGGAUGGUGAAAAGCUUCUCCGGCCAGCUGAGUCUGUGUACCGCCUCAACUUCAUCCAGCAGCAGAAACUACAAUUUGAGCGCUGGAAUGUAGUGCUGGACAAGCCGGGCAAGGUCACCAUCACCGGCACCUCUCAGAACUGGACGCCUGACCUCACCAACCUCAUGACACGUCAACUGCUGGACCCUGCUGCCGUCUUCUGGCGCAAAGAGGACUCCGACGCCAUGGAUUGGAAUGAGGCCGACGCCCUGGAGUUUGGGGAGCGCCUGUCUGACUUGGCCAAGAUUCGUAAGGUCAUGUACUUCCUCAUCACCUUUGGCGAGGGUGUGGAGCCUGCCGACCUCAAGGCCUCUGUGGUGUUUAACCAGCUCUGAUUAGCCCAGGCUGCCCUUCCUCUGGCCUACCACUCUCUCCCCUGGCUGGACCUUUUCCCUUUCAUGUGUUUUGGGGACACUCUUCUAGCUGCUCCAUCUAUACUCAGCUUGGCCAGAGGCCCCCUGAGUCCUACAUCUCCUUUUCCCUGGUGUUAGCAUUCCGGCUCACAGGGACAGUCUAUGGCUCCGUAGUCUAGAAAGCUGGUCGCCACCACUGCUGCUGUAGACCAUAGAGGCCUGCCGAGGCCACAUGGACAGAUGGAUGGGCCUUGGACACCUGCCAUCUCUGUUUCAUCAUGGUGGAGAGAGAGAGCACGAUUGAGAGCUGAAGAGUGCAACCAAGAGAUCCAAACUACCAGCCACCCUAUUUUCUGCAGGGACAGGAAGACUGAGAUGUGACAGAAGCUGCCUUCUGGGGAACCCAGCAAGCAGGCAUUUGCCCCUACUAGCCAAAGCUGGCAUCAGAAGGUGAACACCCAGUGGUACUCUGGCAGUGGAAGGUGCUGUUCCCAGCAUUGGCACCAGCUUGCUGUGUCCUUAGGCCCUCAAGACACGGGGCAGGAUGGCAGCGGGGGUUGGUUUGACUAGUGGAGAAUGACUGGUUCCUCAGGUCUAGCCCAGGUUCCUGUGAAGUGAACGGAUAUUAUAUAAAGUCACACAGAGUGCUAACUACCCACAUACAUACAUAUAUAUUAAGAUAGAGCAUGCUGUAUUUACAUGAAUGCAUGCCAGAAGGCUAUUCUUGGCCAGGAAUAAGUUGAGUUUUACUUUACCUAUUGAGCAGUUGGUACUGUUUUACCAGCUGGUGUGGGUGACCCUGAGUGAACUUUUUUGGUGCAGGACUUUCUGAGCUGAGAGACUGAGUCUUGUAUGGUGAAGCAGGGAACAGGAUUAGAAGGGUCCAGAACUCCAAGCUGGGGACCUUGGUGUCUGCUGGAAAGACAGGCCUUUGCAGCUCGCUGGUCAGGGACACAAGUGUUAUGUCCUGUCAUCAUCUCUUGGGGCCCUUCCUGGCUGCUCUAUGAGAGCUGAGGUUCACGGGCAAGGUCUGGGGGCAGUGAUGAUGCCUGUUGUCUGAAGUGGGCUAGAGGUGUCAGGGUGUGAUGCAUAACAGUGGCCUCUGAGUUCAUUCAGGGCAACCCACUCACCAAACUGACAGGGAAACUGAGGCACAGUUAUCAGUAGAUUCAGUCUUACCCUAAGCCUCCUUCCCCUUCAUACUACAUAGGCAAGAGCCUCUUUUUGAGGAGGGGCCUGACCUCAGCAGUGCCCCAGCACCCGUCUCAAAGCCAGCCAGCCCUGUUUCGGACACAGAUAUGAGGGAAGAGCUGUGGGGGGGUGGGGGGUGGCUGCCAGGAGGGCAAGCCCCAGCUCAGAGUCAGGAUUCUGUGGGGAAGAGGUAGGCCGUGGUGCUGGUCUUUUGUGCUCAUGGCUUUGCUCUAUAAUGUGCUUAGAGAAAGCGCUGGCCAGUGCCUGUGGCCACGGCUGCCUGGCUCUGCUGACUGCUAGGAAGUCAGAUCUAGACGGGCUCUACCCUUCUGCCUCUCUGCCUGACCUCACCCUACAGCUCUUGAGACCCUUUUGGUUCACACUGCCUGUUCCUCAGCACUGCUCAAAUCUGUCUCAAGUACCUUUGCUGUGCCUGUCAUGCAUCUCCAAUAAAGGCUGUAUGUCCUUA